CUCUAAUAACAACAUUCACAUACACCUCCUUUAUCUCCUAGGAUGCCAUAGUCCCUUCUCUCUCUCUCACACACACACCCCCUCCACAACCAUGUCCUGAGGAGCUCCUCCUCCUUCAACACCAUCACAAAUUCACUACCAUGUCAACAAAAGAAUCCCCAGCCAUAGCCCCAAAAGAAUUAAACAACACCGACGAUGCCGCCGUCGCUGAGAGCAGGCACGGUAGCGCCUGCGGGAGGAGACGGUGCAUGCUGGGCCGGGCCACAGACCCUUGGGCCAAGUGGAUUCGCGAGUGGAACCGCUUCUACCUUCUCGCCUGCGCCGCCGGGCUCAUGGUCGACCCCCUCUUCCUCUACGCGCUCUCCAUCAGCGGCCCGCUCAUGUGCGUGUUCGUAGACGGGUGGUUCACCGCCACCGUCACCGUGCUCCGGUGCAUGGUCGACGCCAUGCACGUGUGGAACAUCUGGGUCCAGCUCCGCAUGGCCCGCGGAGAGCCCCGCGGGGCGGCAGCGGGGGCGGAUGCGGAGAUGGAGGUGGGAGGGACUGCGAAGGGCCGGGCCAGGGCGGCGCAGUCGACGUCGUACGUGAAGUCGAAGAAGGGCUUGGUGUUGGAUCUCUUUGUGAUAUUACCAGUGUUGCAGGUUGUGAUGUGGGUAGCAGCUCCAGCUCUAAUAAGGAGAGGAUCAACGACAACAGUGAUGACUGUUCUGCUAAUAAUGUUUCUCUUCGAGUACCUUCCAAAGAUUUACCACUCGGUUUGUUUCCUGCGACGCAUGCAAAAUUUCUCGGGAUAUAUUUUUGGGACUAUUUGGUGGGGCAUUGCGCUUAAUUUGAUGGCCUACUUUGUGGCAUCACAUGCUGUGGGUGCAUGUUGGUACUUACUGGGGAUCCAAAGAGCAACAAAAUGCCUCAGAGAGCAAUGCUUUGUUGCCAAGGGGUGUGGAGCAAAAACAAUAGCUUGUGUGGAUCCAAUAUACUAUGGCACAACUACUUCAAUCAGAGGAGAGAGGUUAUCAUGGGCUCAGAACAUGCAGGCUAGGGCUAUGUGCCUUGAUAGUAGUGACAACUACCAAUAUGGUGCUUACCAGUGGACUGUUACACUUGUCACAAACCCUAAUAGGCUUGAGAAGAUACUCCUCCCCAUAUUUUGGGGUCUUAUGACUCUCAGCACCUUUGGGAAUUUGGAGAGCACAACGGAGUGGGUUGAGAUUGUCUUCAACAUAAUCACCAUCACAGGAGGUUUAUUACUUGUGACCAUGCUCAUUGGGAACAUCAAGGUAUUCUUACAUGCAACUACCUCGAAGAAGCAAGCGAUGAACCUGAGGCUACGAAGCGUAGAGUGGUGGAUGAAGCGGAAGCACCUGCCCCACGGCUUUCGGCAGAGAGUGCGGCAGUACGAACGGCAGCGGUGGGCGGCAAUGAGGGGCGUCGAUGAGUGUCAGAUGAUUCGGAACCUUCCGGAGGGCUUGAGGAGGGACAUCAAGUACCACCUCUGCCUCGACCUCGUCCGGCAGGUGCCUUUGUUCCAACACAUGGAUGAAGUCGUACUGGAGAACAUAUGCGACCGAGUCAAGUCCCUCAUCUUUCCCAAAGGAGAAAUCAUUACAAGGGAAGGGGACCCAGUGCAGAGGAUGCUGUUUAUAGUGAGAGGCCAUUUACAGAGCAGCCAAGUCCUCCGGGACGGCGUCAAGAGCUGCUGCAUGCUCGGCCCGGGCAACUUCAGCGGCGACGAGCUCCUCUCUUGGUGCCUCCGCCGCCCUUUCGUGGAGCGGCUCCCGCCUUCUUCUUUCACUCUGAUGACGCUCGAGACUACCGAAGCAUUUGGCUUGGAAGCGAGCGACGUGAAGUACGUGACACAGCACUUCCGGUACACGUUCGUGAACGAGAAGGUGAGGCGGAGUGCGCGGUACUACUCGCCAGGGUGGCGGAUGUGGGCGGCGGUGGCGAUCCAACUGGCGUGGCGGAGGUACAGGCACAGGAAGACGCUCACCUCGCUGUCGUUCAUACGGCCGCGGCGGCCGCUUUCGAGGUGCUCCUCUCUAGGGGAGGAGAAGCUGAGGCUGUACACGGCGCUCCUCACAUCUCCCAAGCCUAAUCAGGAUGAUUUCUUGAUGUGAGAAGAAAAUAGUGAGAUAAACAAAUUCCGUGAGUCGAUAGAAUUCAGUAAGAUGUGUGUCUUA